AUGGCGGAGGGAGAGGAGGAGGUGAACUACGCUUCGUGGUGGAGUCACGCAUUCUGGACAUUUCUCAUACAAUACUCAGCAGGACGUCGGCGCUUUCAGCACUUGGCUUGUUGUUUGGGGAUUCUCUGUGUCAUUCUGCUGGGUGGCAUCAUCGGAGUCUGCGUCUACCUUACAUUAAUUCAUGAGAGUGAUCCAAACCGGUUUAAAGAAAACUCAUCUCUACGGGCAACCAACACAAAACUCAGCUUAGAAAAUGCCAACUUGACGAGGGACAACAAGUAUCUGACGCACCAGUUGGGCAACCUGACACAAGCCUAUAAUGUCUCAGAGAGAAACGUCAAAGACCUUUCUGCAGGAGUCCAGGAGCUGACAACAAAAAACCAGGAGCUGGAGACCGAGAAGAAGAACUUGACCCAGAAAAUACAAAACCUGACAACAAACUGGAAUGAGCUCAGCAUCAGUCGAGCUCAGUGGAGCAUCGAUUCCUACUGCUUAGGAAACGCCGAUAAAAAGUGUAAACCUUGUCAGAGGGGCUGGUUACUCUCUCAGCCCAGCUGCUAUGCGUAUAUUAACGCUCAGCCUGCUAAUCAAAAAACCUGGGAAGAAGCUCAAGGAGACUGCAGAGGAAAGAAUUCAGAUCUGGCUGUUGCACAUGAUUCAGAAGAAAAGGAAGCAAUCAAUGAAAACGGUUUAGGAUCUAAUGGAUUCUGGAUUGGUCUGAGAGUUGAAGAUGGGAAAUGGAAGUAACAAUAGUUUAUUUAUAUUUAAACAAAUGAAGCCAGCAAUAGGUCCCCCGAGGCUGGCACAGAGAGAGUGCCAGAGGAAUGAGCGCGAGGGACGAAUCCGGUUGGGCUCUCUUCUAGUAGGCUUCCCCGACCCAGGUGCAGCUCAUCAGGCAAAUGCCGGCCCCACAGCACUGGAUCGACCCCCCGUGGUGUGGAGAGGUCAUCACACUUAUGUCUUGUCUCGUCUGUCAUUGCACUUCCUGUUUUAUUUACCUGUCUCUUUUCAGAGCUCUUGACUGUCACACCAUUUGUGUGUUUUCCCGCCACUGUGAUUGUCGGCCUCAACCUUGAUUGUUUCCGCCUGUGUCCCAUUAACUCUUCUAUAAAUACUCCUCGUGUCCCUUUGUCCUGUGCCAGUUCGUCUUGUUUCGUACAAUGUCAAGAGAGCCA